AUGUCAACGCAGCUCUUCUUGACAUCUUCAAGGCCUUUGGAACAGGUUCCUCUUGCCACUAGGAUUGCAGUGGUUAAUUUCAUCACUCUUGUCUUCACCCAAACAGCUCGGGUUCCCACCGAAGAGGGUACCUCCGUGGAGGUCUGCGUGUUACUGGCCAAGGUUUUGGUCGGACCCUCUUCCGAAGUGAAUUCCCUGCUCCGUCGGAAAAGUUACAAGAUUCUGUCCAAGGUCAUCAAGUACGGUAUCAAGGAGUUCGCAGUCAACGAUUACAACAUGGUGACCGAAGGUCUACAACGUGGGUUACUCGACCGGAAUAGGACCACAAGGCUGAGCGCAGGAAAUGCCGUCGCAGAAUUGAUCAAGGUUUACAUGAUUAUCCCAGAAGAACAAGCAAAAGUCCACUCCUUGUUCUUUCACUUUAAUAGAAUACUUGAGUCAAACAUCUGGGAUGGAGUCAAGGAGACGAUGUUGAUUACGAUCGGUUUGAUUGGCAAACACGCGAAUGGUGAUAUUCUACGAGAGGUUGUAUUUUCCCUAAUAUUGCAACUUGGAGAGCCCAAUCCUUCAAUAAAAGCAGUCGCGUACACACAGCUAUCUAAACUGGCGAGGCAUCACAAAAAGCCACCGUACGCACUGGUUUUACCCUUCUUCCCGCGCGUUGCCCCGCAUAUUGUUCUGCGGAAGUGCACCAGACCGACUCUGCUUGCGGAAACAUGUCAAUUUCUCUCCGUGCGUCCUAGGGAUUUCCUAUCUGUGACACUUCCUUGGACCCUCCCUUUUGUUUUUGCCAAUUGCGACAACAGAGUCCUUGAAGAGAUCUCCACUGAACUUGAGAAAACACCAGCAUCUUUUUUCAUCAGUCACUCGCAUGAUAUUCUCUCUUUUGUCUUUAGGCUCCAGGGUCCGGGGGAAACCAGGAAGGCCCUAACCUUCAUCGUGAAUGUCGUCGCUCCUGAAAGUACCAUGGUUGACAUUAAAUCCAUUGUCGGGAGUUGUCUAGUAGCUCUUCUUGCAGAACUCGUUGUGGUUUUGGGUGACGAGAAUGAAGAACACGCGGUUAGCCUUUUCGCCUCCGAUGCGCUGAGAAAGGUUGCGCGUAUUUUGAGCACGGAAGGCAAAUCCGAUUCUGAUCCAGCACCACUCCUCAAGAAGCAUAUGCUCGGUAUUGUGUGUUACAUUAACGAUAAGUUGCAAGAUGUACGUGGAAAGCAGCCGAUGAUGUCCAAAACCCGAAUUAUUCGUGGGAUGGCGGCCUUCAUUAGGCGCAUAGGGGACGGUGUGCAUAGUGUUGCCCCACAGGUGAUAAUGGCGACUCUGCAAACAAUGUUCACAAUUCCAGAGCUCUCCGAAGUCGCGCUGUCUACGUGGUAUACAUUUUUAACGACGAUAGCCCCCCAAGAUCUUGGUCCGCAUGUCGGAGCCACUAGUGCAUCCUUGGUAUCUUCAUGGGAGCGGCUCUCUUCAACAAGCCGUGAACUUGCAAAACGGUGCCUUGACUACAUAGUUUUUGAGGCCGAGCACAUAUCCGAGGAUUACUUAGACGAGAUAGCGGAUUUGAGUGACCUACCGGAGUUGCAUGACACAGAUCUCGAGAUCAAGCGGCGUCGCGCUAAUCGUAACCCUCGGCAACAGCUCUUGAUUAUACUCGAACGCUCAAGCAGUGACAAUCACGCGGUCGCUCUACGUUCCCUUGCAGAGCUCAGGACCUUCAUGUUUUCUACUUACCCAGACUUCACCCGCGGCCUAGCAUCCGGAGAUGCAUUCGAUCCACUAGUAGGGACGAUUCAGUCGACGCUGCUGCACAUUGCUUCACGAGAUGGGGAUAGCAACGAAGAUCUUCGACUGCUGACUUAUGAAUGUAUUGGUAUCCUAGGUGCAGUCGAUCCAGAUCGCUGCGAAAUUGAUCAGCACGAUUCGAGAAUGGUCGUGCGCAGCAAUUUCACUGACGAGGCGGAGUCCGUGUUAUUCGCAAUGCACCUCAUCAAGGACGUUCUGGUUGGCGCGUUCAGGUCUACUAGCGAUAUCAAGUAUCAAGCAAAUCUCGCGUACACCAUCCAGGAACUCUUGCGAUUCUGCAACUUUACUCCUGCCCUCGUAACUUCCAGGAACACGACUUCCGUCCCUGUCAAAGUGAGAAAUAGAUGGAAUAACCUUCCAAAGCACGUUUUAGAGACUAUCACACCUCUUCUUGAAGGUCGAUUCACCGCCCCAAGCAAGAUACCCGUAGUUACGCAACACCCCAUCUAUCCUGAGCAGGAUACGUAUCGAGAGUGGCUCCAAUUGUGGACGACGCAUCUUAUCACGCGAGCUUCUGGAGAUACUGCCCGACGGAUUUUCGGCGUAUUUCGGACGGCAAUACGAUACAAAGAUGUUGAAGUGGCUCAUCACCUCUUGCCCCAUGUCGUUCUCAAUAUUCUUUUGUCGGGCGACGGGAAAGACGCCCAAGAUAUCCGUGCUGAACUUUUGGUUGUGCUUGAAGACCAAGUCAACAGUGGGAGUUCGAGCAGCGCCGACAAGAAGCUGCUUAGUGCUCAGGUUGUAUUCAUGCUCCUCGACCAUUUGAGCAAAUAUGUCCGGAUUCUCCGGCAAGAUAUUAGUUCUAGGAAAGCAGAGAGUAGCAAACGUUCUAGAACUCAUCAUGCGCUAGCAGAAAGUGAAGAACAACUCGUUCGAGUGGAUUCCCUUCUUUCUAGCAUCAACCACGAUCUCAUGGCCAAAGCUGCACUGCAGUGUAAAGCAUACGCGAGGUCACUCAUGAACUUCGAGAAACAGAUUAUUACCCUCCAGGAGCGAGAUCGACCUGCCUCGCAGAGAGAUUUAACGCCUUUUUACGAGCGGCUACACGAGAUAUAUGCCUAUCUUGAUGAACCCGACGGUAUGGAAGGCAUAUCUACGCUCAUCCUCUCACCCUCCCUCGAGCAUCAAAUCCGGCAGCACGAAAGCACUGGACGGUGGACAGCCGCUCAGAGUUGCUGGGAAGUCAGGCUACAGCAGUCUCCCGACAACUUGGAUUUUCAUUUGGGACUGUUACGCUGCUUGCGUAAUCUCGGACACUAUGACACUCUUAGAACACAUGUCCGUGGGGUGUUAGUCCGAAACCCCAGCUGGGAAUCUGCUCUAGCGAGUUUCCAAGCGGAAAGUGCAUGGAUGAUAGGUGCCUGGGACGACCUACAGCGGAUCACGGAAACGAACGAGCUAAACUCACCGUCCGUCAUGAAAGCGCGUGUGCUAUUAGCAAUGCAUUCAGGAGAGCAUUCGCAGAUUGCCACGGCACUCUCAAGGGCACGGAGUGUUUUGGGCUCUCCGAUUUCCGCUUCUGGCACUAAAGGUUACCGACGUUCAUACGAUGCAGUGCUAGACCUCCAUGCAAUCCACGAAUUGGAGAUGAUCUAUCGAACAGUUUCGGGAAACUCCACGGAGGCAAAAGCACUCCGAAUGACUCUAAGUGCUCGUUUAGAUCUCACACUCCCCAAUUUCCGGGUCCGAGAGUCUGUUCUCAGCAUGCGCCGCGUUGCAUUCUGUUUGAGGGCUGGUUCCAACGCAUCUAUAAGCAAAGAAAUAGGACGUACAUGGCUCACAAGUGCCAAAAUUGCCCGGACAGCCAAGCAAUGGCAAACGGCUUACAGUGCAACGCUGCAGGCCCAGCAAGGAGGCGCACCUUUCUAUUUUAUGGAAAGCGCCAAGUUAUUGAAAGCCACUGGGGAGCCAUUACGCGCUCUUCAAGAACUGGAGAACUCGAUGCAUCUCAGUGGUAUGGGCGUGGGCCAGCUGGAUACCAUAGACUUGACCGAGGAAGAUAAUGAUGAGUUUAAGUGCUUGCGGGCUAAGGCGCACAUUCUUCUAGCACGAUGGAUGAAUGAAUCCGGAAGAUAUGAUAGUGGCCACUUGCUUAAAGCCUUUUCGACCGCCGCAAAUCAAGGUGCCAUGUUGGAAAGCGCCUACUUCCAUCUCGGCCACUUCCACGAUCAAUGGUUCAAGCAGCUUCCAUCUUCCGAUGAUGAACGAGGUGUCCGCAUGAACUUGCACACAGUCAGAGAAUAUUCGAAGGCGAUGAUGCAUGGCUCGAAAUAUGUCUAUCAAGCAAUUCCUCGAAUACUCACUCUUUGGUUGGACGGCGGUGAAAACUCAAAGAUAACUGCCCAUGCGUUCUAUGCAAAAAUCAAUGGCUGCGUUGCCACAGCGAUUGACUCAAUUCCGGUGUAUAAGGCGAGUCCAUACGACUGGGAAAGGAAGGAUGUGCUUAAAUUGCUACAGUGGUUUGCUGCCUUCCCACAGAUCGUUUCGCGGGUCGGACACUCCAAUCCAAGGGUUUACGUGAUUUUAUCUAAACUCAUAUGCAAGGUCAUUAGGGAGUACCCGCACCAAGCAUUAUGGCUCUUUGCAUCUGUUGUGAAGUCCACCAAGGCUAACCGCGAAGCUCGUGGGCGGACCAUUCUCGAUGCCCUGAAGAACGAUCCGGCCAAUGCAGAAACCCAGCUUCCAAAACUCAUCACGUUGAUCCAUGUCAUGACAGACGAACUGUUGAGGUUAUGUAACUACCCCAUCGAUGACGACCGCAAAACUCUGAGUAUGAGACGCGACUUCCCGAAGCUUGCUGCACUCGGGCGGUCAUCGUUACUCAUCCCACUUCAGGAGUCGCUUACUGUGAAUCUUCCACCCACAUCUUCCACCGAGAAUUCUGUUCAUGUGCCUUUCCCGACCUCUGCACCCACUUUUGAAGAAUUUUCUGAUGAGAUUGAGGUGAUGCGGUCGCUGGCGCGCCCUCGAAAAAUCACUAUCAGAGGAUCAAAUGGGCAGACGUACAUGUUCCUCGGCAAGCCGAAGGAUGAUCUUCGAAAAGACGCACGACUCAUGGACUUCAACGCGAUCAUCAACAAGCUGCUCAAAGCUAACUCAGAAUCGCGAAAGAGGCAACUUCAUAUCCGAACUUAUGGUGUCGUGACGCUCAACGAAGAAUGCGGCUUUAUUCAAUGGGUUCCAAACACCAUACCAAUUCGCCCUGUGCUACUCAAAUACUACGAAGCGAAACGAAUACGUAGCUGGUCCAGCGAACUGGGUGACACCUUCAGGAAAAUUAAGGACGCACAGGACAAGGAAGCAGCUGAACUUUUUGUCACUAAAGUUCUCCCCUCGUUCCCCCCUGUGUUCCACGAAUGGUUUGUCGAGACAUUUCCAGAACCGACGGCGUGGCUCGCGAGCCGCCUUUCCUAUGGAAGGACUGCCGCUGUCAUGUCAAUGGUUGGCUUCAUCUUGGGGCUCGGUGACAGGCAUUGUGAAAACAUUCUCCUUGACACGAACACUGGAGAUCUAGUCCACGUGGACUUCAACUGUCUAUUUGAGAAGGGCAAAACUCUCGAAACGCCGGAACGGGUACCCUUCCGACUUACACAAAACAUGAUUGACGGUCUUGGCGUUACUGGAGCCGAGGGAGUGUUUCGCAUUGCCUGCGAGAUAACCAUGCAGCUUCUCAAAAAUAAUAGGGAUUCACUCAUGAGCGUGUUGGACGCCUUUAUCCACGACCCCCUUGUCGAGUGGGAAGACGAGAAAAGGAAAAUGGAUCGCGACCGGCGGAACGCAGUUAGGUCUUCUACGGACCUGCGGCACUUGGCCAAGAACGCCCUACGUCCGAUUGAACGUAAGCUGAAGGGAGUUUAUUCCCCGUGGAAUGUCAAGUCAAGGGCGUUCGGAGGCACCGGAGACGAAAAGGAGAUUUCGACCGGUAACUUGGUGCAAAUGUUGAUACAGGAAGCCGUUGACGAUGCGAACUUAGCGAAGAUGUAUCCAGGAUGGGCUGCAUGGCACUAA